GUAGAUGCUCCGAAAAAAGUCUUUCUGGGAGGAGUCCCGCUUCUUUCUUUCUUCCUUUUCGCAGAAUGACACGUGAACGUUUCCCGAGGAGCUGGUUGGCGUGUUCGCAGUGAGCAGCAGUGGGACACAGACGACCCCGUAGCUGCACACCCGUGCGCCCCUGCCUAUUUUUAGACGUCUGCCCGAUGGGGGGAGACGGAGGCGCCUGACGAACCGUGCGGCCGAGCUGCGAUGCGCGCGCUCCACACCGCGCAGUGACGGGACGGGACGCGACGCGCUCGGUUCCAAGCUCCGCUCUCUGCGUCUGGCUCCACUGACCUCUGAGUCCAUCGCAGUGGCCCCGGGACAAGUUGCCGCGCAGCACCGAUGGCUGCCCAGUGCGACCCUCUAAGCGGAUACUUGCAGCAGUCGGACCAGGGCUCCAACAGCGAGCGCAGCGCCGACUCCCCGCUGCCCGGCUCCGAGGAGGACCUGGGCGGACCGCAUGCGCCGCCGGACCCGGAGUGGACGGAGGAGCGCUUUCGAGUGGACCGGAAGAAGCUGGAAGUCAUGUUGUUAGCUGCCUCUGAGGGGAGAGUCAACGGCGGGGAGGAUUUCUUUCAGAAGAUAAUGGACGAGACCCAAACGCAGAUAGCCUGGCCGUCCAAACUGAAAAUUGGAGCAAAGUCCAAAAAAGAUCCACACAUCAAGGUGUGCGGGAAGAGGGAGAAUGUGAGGGAGGCCAAAGACAGAAUUAUGUCUGUUCUUGACACAAAGAGUAACAGGGUGACUCUGAAGAUGGACGUUUCCCACACAGAGCACUCCCACGUUAUCGGCAAAGGUGGCAACAAUAUCAAGCGGGUGAUGGAGGAGACGGGCUGCCACAUCCAUUUCCCCGACUCCAACAGGAACAACCAGACGGAGAAAAGCAACCAGGUGUCCAUCGCUGGGCAGCCAGGAGGGGUGGAGGCGGCUCGAAUGAAAAUAAGGGAACUGCUCCCUCUUGUGUUGUCAUUCGAGCUUCCCGCCAUCAUGCAGUCUGACCCCAGCUCCCCCACCGUGCAGCACAUCUCGCAGACCUACAACCUCACAGUCUCCUUCAAGCCCCCGACACGCCUCUAUAGGGCCACGGGCCUGGUCCGAGGCUCGCAGAAUAACAGCAACGCGGUCAAGAGGGGAACCGCUCUGUUGUUAGAGCACCUGGCUGGUAGUCUGGCAAGCACCAUCUCCGUCACCACCCACCUGGACAUCGCACCCCAGCACCACCUCUUCAUGAAAGGCCGCAAUGGCAGCAACAUCAAGCACAUCACCCAGAGGACGGGGGCCCAGAUCCACUUCCCCGACCCCAACAGCCCCCAGAAGAAAUCCACAGUCUACAUCCAGGGCACAAUUGAAUCGGUCUGCCUGGCGCGGCAGUACCUCAUGGGCUGUUUGCCUCUGGUCUUAAUGUUUGACAUUAAAGAGGACAUUGAGGUGGAGCCCCAGUGUAUCACAGCUCUCAUGGAGCAGCUGGAUGUCUUCAUCAGUAUCAAACCAAAGCCAAAACAGCCCAGCAAGUCUGUAAUCGUCAAGAGCGUGGAGAGGAAUGCAGUGAAUAUGUAUGAAGCCCGGAAAUUCCUCCUGGGUCUGGAGAGCAAUGGGGUGUCGUCCUCCUUACCCUCUGUGGCCUUGAAUCCCGCCACCAGCGGCCCGUCCCCGUCCCUCAUCUGCCCCGUUGGCCUGGACAUCCUGGCCUCAGCUGGCCUGGGGCUGAGCAAUCUGGGUUUCCUGGGUGCAGCGGCGGCCCACUCCCUCAGCAACUCGGCGAUGCCCAACGCUGUCCUCAACAGCCUCAACUCCUCCAUGAGCCCUCUGCAGACCCCGAGCCCCCCCGCCCCCACGCCCUCCGCCUCCCUGUGGCCCAGCUCACUCACCAGCACCCAAGGCUUCUCGUCUCAGCUGAUGCUGCACCCUGCCGCCCAGGCCACCCUGAGCAGCAUCCUGCUGUCAGGCGUGCAGGGCUACACACAGAGCACACCGUCCCCUCCUCCGGGCCUGGCCCCCAUAGACAAGCAGCCCAACGGGGUCCCUGACUGCACCAAGGGCCCCUGCACUCUUAACGGACAUGUCAAGCAUCCCGGCUCAGUCUAUGGGAGGAUAGCAACCGCGUCACUUGCAGAAACAGUUCCAUGUGAUUCGGUCCAGGAGGCCAGCGGACACAAUCCGUCAGAACCGCUUUCAAGCAAGUCCAGCCCAGAUGAAGGCUCUGACACAUUUGUAGAAGUGGGCAUGCCCAGGAGCCCCUCUCACUCGGCCAAUGGGAGCGAGCUGAAACAAAUGCUGGCUUCGUGCAAGACGUCCUCGGGGAAGCGACAGGCUGUGGAGCUCCUGCAGGGCACCAAGAAUUCCCAUCUACACUCCGACUGUCUCCUCUCGGACGCCGAGUCCAGCUCGUCAGACAGCCCGGUAACGGAUAAGAGGGCGCCGGGCAGCGAGCGGGCGGCUGAGAGAGCAGCGCAGCAGAACGAGAGGGAGAGAAUCAGACUGGCACCGCAGACCUCCUUCGCCAACAUGCAGGCAUUUGACUAUGAGCAGAAAAAGCUGUUGGCAACCAAAGCUAUGUUAAAGAAGCCUGUGGUGACUGAGGUGCGGACCCCGACCAACACUUGGAGUGGUCUGGGCUUCUCAAAGUCCAUGCCAGCCGAGACCAUCAAGGAGCUGCGGAGAGCCAAUCAUGUGCCAUACAAGCCCAGCAUGAGCACCACGUACGAGGGUUCCCCGCUGUCCUUGUCUCGGUCCGGCAGCCGGGAAGGUAUGGGCAACGGCAGUGACUCGGACAACUGGCGAGACAGAAACAGCGCCGGUAACGGGCUGCCAGGUCACACGGAGUUCCCCUCCGCUGUCGGCAGCCCCAAGAGGAAGCAGAACAAAUCUGCUGCAGAGCAUUACCUCAGCAGCAGCAACUACAUGGACUGCAUCCCCUCAGUCACUGGCAGCAACGGCUGCAGCCUGAGCUCGUCUCUGAAAGGCUCCGACCUGCCUGAGCUGUUCAGCAAGCUGGGCUUGGGGAAGUACACGGACGUCUUCCAGCAACAAGAGAUUGACCUCCAGACAUUCCUGACUCUGACCGACCAGGACCUGAAGGAACUGGGCAUCACCACCUUUGGAGCCCGCAGGAAAAUGCUGCUCGCCAUCUCAGAACUUAACAAGAACCGGAGGAAGCUAUUUGAGCCACCCAUCAGGUCCUCUUUCCUCGAAGGUGGAGCGAGCGGCCGCCUCUCCCGCCAGUUCCACGCAGACAUGGCCAGCGUCAGCGGGCGGUGGUAGUCGCCUCCAGACCGUCAGCCCAUCUCCAGGCCGUCCGUGAUGGAGACCGGCCUCCAGUGUCUUUCCAGGUUCCAGGGGUUGUUUCCCAUCUUUCAGCUUCAGCUGAGUUGAGACUGUUAAGAAUGUUGCCAUGUAGUAUAAAUAAAUACAAACAAACCUAUAUAUAUUUUGAAAAAGCCAUAGUUUUACCUGAAGUGCCAACAAGUAAAAAGGGAUUUCUCAGACACAUGAGAUUCAGUGUUCACUCCUUAUGGAGCCAUUCAGUCUCUCUGGAGCAUUUAUAUAUGAAGGUCGUUAUGAUUCUGAAGGAAGAGUACUGUCCAGUAUUUCUGUCCACUUUGUGUUCAAGGGAACAGGCAGAAUGAUUGGUACAAUCAUUUCUACACAUUGAUACUACCUGCAUUCGUAUUAUGCUGUCGUAUCAGUGACAUGCACUUUAACAAUACUAGACUUUUGCCUGUGAGAGCCUAAUUCCUUAGACUGAAGUAAUGAUGCCUUGAUGCAACUAUGCAUUUCUUUUCUUUUUUUUAUUGACUAAAAGCACAGAUGCAUUUUGUACCAAACGAAUUGUAAGCACUUAGCCUGAGAGAUUAGGGAGCUGCCAAAUGAAGUGCAGAAUGGGUCAACACACCAAAGUGAUGACUUCAUCAGCUUUCACACGUCUACCAAGGAAAGUAUCAUUGCGGCCUAUGACCUUUGGCUGCCUUCAGUGUGUUGAUUGGUGGACAUUCCUCCAAGGUCAGUGUUUGUGUCCAACCACACUCUGUUCAUCUGUCUUUGUAUUUCUAGACAAAACCAAAAAAAACCAAGUAUUUUGUACUCAUUAUGCAUUAUGAUUCUAGUUUUAGUUUUUCAUUUUUAUUACCAUUUUAGGGGAAUGGGGGGGAGUGUUUAACGGUAAUCAGUUUACAUGUGUAUUUUUUUAUACGUUCAUGAAUGAGUUUCUAUGAUUUUGUAAUUAGAUUAUUAGUAUCUUUUACCUUUUUUUUCCUGCCCCUUAAUCUGUGGAGCCGUGAACAUGGCUGUGCCAUUGGACCGCAGCAGAGACAUGAGGCCGGUGGGCGAAGCUUGACCGGCCUCGCUCUGCCGGUGUCAACGGGCAUUUUUCUGUGGUUUUCCCUUCACUUUGGUCUUUUGUCUGACCUGUUGUCUGUCAGCGUUGGCCUCCAUGUCGCCCCGUCUCAAUGCACUCCUCCAUAUAUCCUGAAUAGCAGUGGCCUCACUACAACUGCGUUCUUUUUGUAGUUUUUUUCUUUUGUCGCUCUUUUCACUUGCUGUUCCAUUAAGAGCAAGGAAAGACCUCAUACCAGAGCAAAGCCUUUGUAUUGACAAGUGCCAAUGUACAUAAGUAGUUUUUCCAGCAGGGAGGUAUUUCAUUGAGAACACUUAUAUUUUGGUCUGACCUCGCUCUCCAGUUAGGAGGUGCAUCACACACAGAACCAGUAUAUUCACAGCCAAGUCGGUUACAUAUGAGCAUUUCUGCGAGACACAAAUAAGGAACCGUAUCGGUCUUGCAAUCUAAUAUUCAGAAAACCUGGUUAAGCAUGGUUUAAUGAAGUAACAGGGUUGUGCAUGCAGCAGCAUUUAUCAUAAAAACGUGUCUUUGUUCAGUCAAGUGUUUAGAAAGGAAAACAUUUACUUUGGAUAACAGUUUUUUUUCUCUGUGUAUGAUGUUCUUGAUAAGCUUCUUCCAUGGUCCGUAGCAUUUCGUAUCAAGUGCAAUUAAGUCUCUCAAUUAAGUUGUUUUUUUCGUUUCUGGAAAAAUGUGUUUAUUUGUAGUACAUCACGUAUUAGAGCUGGGACUGAAGAAUUCCUCAUCUAAAAUCCAUUGUGUAUGUAGAGGACAUUUAUCUAGGCAAAUGUGACUAUGACAAAACGUUCCAUCAGUCCUCGUGAUCAGAGCUGAGUCAGUCUCCUCACGAUCGGCGGUGAUUCCCUUCAUCAUGUUGUCUCAUCACCACGUCCCCCCCUCCCUUGCAUCGGAUUUCAGAUUUCCGGAUGGUUUCCAAGUUAAUAAGACUAUUCUGAAUAAUGUUCUGACAUGGUUGUUGAAGCCGACCAGUUAAUUGUGGUUCUUGUUGUUUUGUUUCGUUUCUUUAAGGGACCCUCUGUCGCAUGUCAUGCCCCCGUGUCUCACGUCCUGUCGCCCCUUUGCGUUCGACUGCCCUACAGAGGCAAACUAGAUGCCAAAAAAAUGGCAAAAUAAAGAGAUGUGGGGAGUAGGGGGAGUAGGGGGGUUCUUUAUCCUGAGAGGCAACCUGGGGCUGGUCCGCCCCCACUCAUCAUGGUACUACAUUGAAACUAUUAGCACUGAUCCUCCCAGUGCUGUGACUCGUGUUCCUGCUUAGCAGACAUUUGUUCUCCUCCUUCACUUUGCUCAGAGGGCAGCAGACGCUCCGGUCUUAUCAAGUGAAUGUUGUUUAAAAGGAAAAAAAUAUUGCUGUGCAUGUUGUUGCAGAUUUCUCACGGAUCAGUAAAAGGGACUCAUUAAGUCAAAAAAAAGUUUACUGCCAGCUUUAGUCUUUGCCCUUGAUAGGAUAGUUUCACAAUUAUGUCUUUGAUUUGUGGCGUUAGUCAUAAUGUUGUUCCCAAAGGGAUUCAUUUUGAAGGAGUCUUUGAACUGCAAUCAAAUGGUACAUUUAUAAUAAAUGUAAACCACUAAGGAAACGGUGUUACAUAACUCUUGUACAACUUGUUCAUCUUGUACAACCAUUGUUUUUGUGAGAAAAGGUACAAUUCUGCACAAAGGUCCAGAGAACCCUCUGUGUAUAAACAUUGCCAUGUGGCCAAAGCUCUGUUCACUGUGGAUGCUGUUGUCGUUCUGAUUGUAUUGUUCGACUGACAUAAACAGAAGAAACUGUCAAGCAGGCAAAAAAAAACAUGUUUGUUCAAACAUUCAAAUGAUAUUAUUAAGGUAAUAAAUGUAUACAAACCAAACAA